AAUGCUAUGAUGCGGGACACUCUAUGUAUUAAACUGGUAAAAGGACAUGCAGUGCCAGUGGACAAGCCUGUCUACCUUGGAACACCCUUUCUACACAAGCGCACAACUUCACCUCAUCUGACUUCCCGGACACUGAUAUUCACGAGGCUGGCACAUACUGUAGAGACCCGAAUGGUACAGAAGGUCAGCCGUGGUGUUUUAUAAACGAAACGACCAUGGAGUAUUGUGAAAUCCCGGAAUGUUCAACACUGCCACUAAAUUUUGGAAAGUGCGAACCUCCAAAGAUAAGAGGUGUGCGAUACAAACUGCUGAAUAAAAGUACAAGUGGCUUAGACUUCCUCGACUCGAUCCGGUCCAUAAGAACGGCAACUUCAUGCUGCCACCUGUGUGACCAGCGUCCAUCAUGUGUAAUGGUGAUCUAUAGCAACUCAAGCGGCAUCUGUAACUUGUACAAGGAAAAUCGUACAGUUUUAGAGAACGUUGACUGUAGUACAGUUAAAUGCUAUCUGAAAGAACACUUGACAUGGUUAUAAAAUAUCAACACAUUUGAGCCGUUGGUGCUCCUUUUUUCCGUAAUUCAAGUUAUGUAAUGCUUAGUUUAAACAUACUUCCUUAAAAAAUACAUUGCAUGAGUACAAGUAAGGACUGGGCAGAAAGCCACAAACUCUUAUAAUUGCAAUCUCCUAUAUAUCUACUAAAUUAUUACAAGUUCAUCUAGAUAUUAAAAUGUGUUAUACUUGAUUGUAAACUCGUAUCAAUAACAAUAAUACUUAUAAAAUAAAUAUCGCUUGCUGUAUAAAAAAAAACUUUUUAAAUGUU